AUGGCAUUCUACAAGGUGACCUACCGACUCUACCUGCAUCCCCUUCGACACAUUCCCGGCCCCCUCCUGGGCCGGACCUCUUCCCUAUUCUUAUACACGAUCAGCUACCUGGGGAUCGAAGGCCGUGUACUGCGCCACUACCACCGCAAGUACCAGACUGACGUCCUGCGUAUUGCUCCCGACUCAGUCUCCAUCUCAGAUCCCACGGCCAUACGACCCAUCUACAUCGCCGGCGGUGGCUUUGCGAAAGACCAGCGCUACCGCAACUUCAACCUCGGCGAGGUUGUGACCAUUUUCUCCUCGCUGGACACUGACUACCGCGACGUACGCGCCAAAGCAGUCGCCCCGCUCUUCUCCCCCAGCCGGCUGCACGUCGCCUGCGCCCCCGGCGGCAUCAUCCACCGCUCCGUGACCGAGUUCGUUGCGCAGCUCCAGGCCUUCCGCGCCGACUGUCAGGCCCAUACUCAGCAGCACGAUGGCGGGAGCAGUAGCACCACCACGAAGCUCGACAUCCUCGACCUGUGCGCACGACUAUCCCUCGACGUAGUGACGGGGUACCUCCUGACCGAGCCGUAUGGGGGACUUACGGAGCACGCACAUCUCCCGCUGACACAGCGGCGGGCCACGAAGCUCAGCAUCAACCCAUUUAUCUUUGCAAUUGUAGGGUUCUCGCGAUUCUCACUACUCCCGCACUGGCUCUUUGGCAUUUUGUAUGCGCUCUCCCAACGUCUUCAUUUCAGCGAGGCCGUCGGUGAGUGCAUGUGCCGCAUGAAUGUGUUCGCCCAGCGGCUCGUCCAGCGCACCGCAGCGACGACAGCACCCGUCCCCCGCAUGGACUCCUAUCAGGCGCGACUGCUGGCCGCGGGCAUCGAUCCGGCCGAAGUCUCAAUACAAUGUCAGGCCAUUGUCUUUGCGGGCGCCGACUCCACCGCCGUCAAGUUGGCAACCAUUCUCUUCCAUCUGGUGCGGAAUCCACAGUGGGCACAGCGUGUGCGUGAGGAGCUCCUGAGCGUUUCCGGCGGUAGCGACCACAAUAACACCGACACUAAUGCUGCUGUGGUUGUUGAUCAGCAGGCCCUCCCGGUUUUGCGCGCCGUUAUCAAGGAGGGUUUGCGUUUGGGUAUGGCAAACCCCACGCGCAUGACCCGCGUUGUCCCGGAACAGGGUUUGCGCGUCGGCCAGGUUUGGGUCCCUCCCGGCACUAUUGUCGGUGUUGCGCCGUAUGUCGUGCACCAUGAUCCGACGGUGUUCGUUGACCCGUUCUCGUUCCGUCCAGAGCGCUGGCUCCCCGAGGGGGAAGAAAAGGGGUUGAAGACUCCCCUGAUGGAUCGGAGUCUGUUGAUGUUUGGGGUGGGGGCGCGCGCCUGUAUCGGCAAGAACUUGGCUAUGCAGCAGUUGCUGGAGUCGGUGAAGGCGGUGGUGGAGAGUCAGGUACUGGAAGGCGCUCGUACGGUUCAGGAACGCAUAGAGUUGGUGGAAUGGUUCAAUGCGGAGAUUAAGGGGCAUGUGCUGGAGGUGGAGUGGGCUUGA